CACACACAUAAAGGUAACUGCAGGUCCCCCCAGGUGCCUCCCGGGAGCGAGAUUCAGCCAAGCCGAUUGCUACUGCGUCUCAAUCACACAGUCCACGUGUCCAGCUGGGUUCUACAGGUCAACAGCGACCCGAAGGGACCUCAUGUACCUGUGUCAGUACAAGUCAGAGCUACACGACGACUUCCCCUCAAUGUAGUAUAUACUAGUGGACUACUGACUGAGCUGAAUUCAGACGGUUGCACGUGUCGAGUGAAAACCAGACCGUUGUGUGACGCCAGCUGUGACCUUGAGAUAGACCGAUGCCGAUGCAUCAUACUGAGUGGAUGAACUGGAGGCGGAUUGCCGUGAACUUACAAGAUGCUGGUGUUUUCUACACAUCAUAAUUAUAAACAUUUUCAAUAAUGUAUUUUACUGGCAUAGUUACUAUCUUCACUUAACGACAGUGUAUAUACAAUUAUACUAACACAAUGUGGUGAUACAAAUGAAUCACAGAGGAUGGUGGAAGUGAGCACACGACUGCACUAAGCUGUCUUGCGAUAGUGGAACAUGAACACAACGACAAGAGGUACCAUAAGCCAGCCGGCAAAAGUGAGCGCAUACCAUACCCUCG